GUCUCAGUGGAAAGCGGUUUGGAGAGAGGGGAUGAGAAAGAAGAAGGGAGGGAUUUGUUAGUCACACGAUGUAUAUAUUACUGUGUCACAAAAGACUUCAGGUUUGUCUGAAGUCUUUGUUGGAGGACAUGCUUCACUUAAAUCCAGAGCUUGUUGGGAAUAGUAAGGAAAUGAAAUGGCAAGAUAACGGAAGAGAAAGAAAAUGCAUCUUGGUUUGAUGUUACUUUAGAGAGUCUAGCACUGACGGUUUAUGUCAGGCCAUACUUGAGGUUUUACGGUGUGAGCAGCAAGUUUACAGAGGAGCACUCGAAGACACGCAACGAUGAGAGAGACUAUGUGGAUUUAUGUCGUGAUCCUGUUCUUGUCUGAAACACAGAGCGUGGAAUCAGGAACUACUGAAAGGGCCCCUGUGAACACCACUUUUCCUCCUAUCACUGAACGCAGAAAUGAACUUUUCAGUAAUGGGAGUGAUGCUAAUCUGACAUGCACCGAUAAGAUGUGGAAUGAGACAUUUUAUGUUAUCUGGAAAAUUAAAUUGAUUAACAAAACCCGUUGUGAGAUCAACUUUGACAGUCAUGGUCGAAACUCAGACACCUGCAAUGAUGGAAAGUCACUCCGAAACACAUCCAAUUCUCAGCCAUAUCUACACAUCCCAAAGUUCUCAGAAGAUGAUGUGGGAAUCUACACGUGUGAGUUUGCUUACAGAGGAGGAGCUACCAAUUGUGAAAUCCACGUGAAUAUCACAGUGACUCCUGAAAUAAAAGCCUGGAUAGAGUACAAAAACAACACAAUGGUAGCAGUAUGUAGAGCUGAAAAUGGAAAUCCUGCAGCCAACAUCAGCUGGAAUCAUGCACGAAAUUCUUCUGUGCAACAACUGCCUGGGAUAAAUGGACUUUUUACAGUAGAAAGUCGUUUGGAGCUUCCUGAAGGCAUAGAUCCAGAAAACCUGAGCUGCACCAUCAGUCACCAGAACCUGAACAAGAUUGUAUUUUUGGAAUAUCAAAAAGUUAAAGUUUAUUCUCUCUGGCUGUAUGCACUCAUAGCUGGGAUAAUAAUUGCAUUUUUAGCGGGACUCUUAUUUUUUUUGGUCAUGAAGCUGAGGCAACACCAACAGUCAGAUACCUCCUCCUCCAAAUCCCCACCGAUAGAGGAUGUGGAGGAAGUGGAGCCCUAUGCUAGCUAUGUUCAACGUGUGAACUCUAUCUAUAACUGAUCUGCAGAUAUGUUCACAA